UGAGUACAGCUGGUACUGUUCUACUGUAGUAAACUACAAAUAUUUAUACAAUAUUUUACUAAAUUUUGAGAAGACUAUCCCAUGUUGACGAAUUUCAAGUUGUAGGUGCCUUUCGGUGGCUUUUACCAGUUGUAGUCGGGAAAUUACAAGUUGCAACUUCUCCUCGAAAACAGCCCUGCAAGCAGCAACUUCUCGAACACAGCAAGAUAAAUAGGCUAAGAUACAUUUUACUAUAAAUACACAUUCAGAACUUUGGCUAAGCUUGUCUGUGUUUUGAUUUAUUAUUGUUGUUGUUAUUUUUUGGAUUCGCUGCAAAUGUCAAAAUGAGCCUGUCGUUAAGGGCGGAUCUUUCUGCUGACAAGAAUAAAAAAAAGAGGAGAGAACUAACCGAUGAACAGAAAGAUGAGAUUAAAGAAGCAUUCGAACUCUUUGACACCGAUAAGGAUAAAGAAAUAGAUUAUCAUGAACUGAAGGUGGCCAUGAGAGCGCUUGGUUUUGAGGUGAAGAAAGUUGAUGUUAUGUCGAUCUUAAAAGACUUCGACCGAGGAGGCAGUGGAAAAAUAACUUAUGAUAUUUUCAAAGAAGUUGUGACCGACAGGAUAUUGGAUCGAGACCCAAAAGAAGAAGUUCUGAAGGCAUUUAAACUGUUUGAUGAUGAUGACUCGGGGAAGAUCAGCCUGAAGAACCUGCGCCGUGUGGCCAGAGAGCUAGGAGAAGAUAUGAGUGAUGAAGAGCUGAGGGCUAUGAUUGAUGAGUUUGACACAGAUGGAGAUGGUGAGAUUAGUCAAGACGAGUUCCUCUCUAUUAUGACCGGAGAUUCCUGAGUUUACAGCAUGGUCAAGUCUUAUUAAAUAUCCUAUAACAUAUGGACAACAGCCAUGAUAUGGCUUGAUGGUUAGAAAAGACACUUACAAAUAUAAUCACUCAUGUGUUCACUAUAUAAAGCUUCAUUUGACUGCUUUAAUGAGGUACUAGAUUUCUCUUACACAAGACAUUAAUUGUACUACUAAAUGUUGAAUAUAAUUAAGCAUUGCAUUGUGGUAUGACUACUACUGACCGUCCACUAAUCAGUCAGUUAAUGUUUAUCUGUAUAAAAGUUUAAUUACUGUAGUUUGGUGCAUUACUGUUGAAGUUGUGUACUAACUCUCAUGUAUGGGCAUAUUUACUUAUAAACCAGAGGUUAUAUACAGUACUACAGUUUAGUUUUUUAUGUUCAAAACUUUACAUGAUUCUAACACACUUAAAUGAACUUAAAAAUGAAAAUAAUUAAAAGUAUGUUCAAUUUGCUGGAACUGCCACAAUAAUGCUCCACUCACAGCAGUACUUCAGCACUAAAACUCAAGAGAUAUAUUAUAAAUACUUGACAUAGUAACAAAGACUGGUGUCCAGUUGAUUUUAUUAACUGGAAGGAUACAUGACAAAGUAAUGACAAGGCAGCGUACACACACAUCCCUUAGGUAUUUUAUGUGUAGAAAAUGCAUGUACUGACAUGUUUUGGGUGGUAAGACAAAACCCCACUUGGGCACAGGUAAAGUGUGUGAAACUGUGGCGUCAAUGCAAUUUAUGCCGUUCCUCUCAGGAAGUUUGUAUUUUUGCUACAAACAAAGACAUUUUGGUUUGAGAUCAAAAGAUGAAUAUUGAUAAAUCAGAUGUUAGAUGUUAAACAACUUGUAAUGUGGCACCUUUUUUAAGACAUGCAUUUUCAAGUGAUCAAAAAAUCUAGAAAUAUUAUUGAUUGAUUGGAUAUUAUUGACAGGUUGCCUUAGGAUUGCUCUAUUAGACUGAUUGUUUAAACAAUUAAUAGCUCUGAAGCUCUAGUCUUGGUUUGAGCCUGUGAGGGUUUUGCUUGUGAUGUCUGCAUUUGUUGUAACGAUAAACCAAUGAUAAAUGAUAAACCAAAAGAGAGGGAGGAUCCUCAGUGGGAGGAUAGACUGCCAUUUUGAAGCUGAGACUGAAGGGGAAAUUAAACAUAGACAUUGCACAAGCUUUGGUUACAGCCAAUAAACCAAUUUGGAAUGUCCAUAAAAAGAAAAAAAAACACUGCUGUACUACCAACUAGGCACUGAAAUCUAAUGAAAAGAAGAGCAGUUGAUGUCAGAAACUUUGUAAAAAGCUGUGAUGAAAAAUGCAAACCCAUCAGUGUGUGACAUCGCCAACAACUUUCACAGGGCAGGGAUGAAAGUAUUACAAUCCACUGUCUGAGGAAGACUUUAAGAACAGAAAUAUAGAGGGCACAAUAGGUUUUGAUCCAAAACUAAAACUCUACGAAAGUCAUGCAAAAUGUGGAGAAAUAAAGGAUCUGGUCUUGAUCCAAAACAUACAAGCUCAUGAUUUAAGCAUGGUAGAGGUAGCUUCAUGGCUUGCAUGCUACUUCAAAAAUUGGCUCACUCAUCUUACUUGAUGAUGUAACUCAUCCUGGUAAAAGCAGAAUUAAUUUAGAAUAAAUCAUUUCUUAUUCAUAUAAGGGAAACACUUGAAAAUGGUUGUAGGCAGAUGGAACAGAUGAUGUUCUCAACAAAGAAAUUUAUGUGUUCCUUGACAUAUGCAUUGUAUGCAGCUCUAACAUUUGCAUAAGUCUAAUGUGUCUCUUGUCUCUUGAUAUUUGUCAAACUGGUGAAAUGUAGGAAGAGUUGAGAAUAGAAAGGACAUGGUUGAAGUCACCAGAGAUUGCCAAAUUUCACUAUCAACUUGUCAAAAACAAUGUACCCAGCAUACAUCCUGAUUUUAGAGUUCUGUGAUUGUUCAAUGUCAAAUAACACAAAACACACUAAAGCAGCAACCCUGAGCUGCACUAAAACAACAAACAAAAAAAUAGACUAAAUUAUCAGACAGUCUGUUUAGCCUGCUUGUCUGCUCCCUGGCUUUGGCUUUGUAUGGUCUCUGGAUUGGAUUGCUCAGGAUUUACUAGGCCUAUUCUCUAUGUGCAGUGCUUCAAGAAAUGAGAACAGCACAUCAUCCCAUCCUAAUAGGCCAGCCUUGCCCUCAAAAGAGCUCCAAUUAUCUAUGAAGCCCACAUUGUUUUCAGAGCACCACCUGGACAUCCAGCAGUUCAGUGACCAUAACCUGCUAUAAGCUAUAUUGCUACACCACUUUUGGAUGGGGCCAAAGCAUAUUUCUGCAUCAAGCAUUCUUCAAUAGUUCACAUACAUUCUUCAAUAAUUAAAAUACUCUAUAAUAUUACUCCUAGUAACCUCUGACUGAUGAAGGUUAUUAGCUCUUGCAUGAAUAACUACUUUUGAGAACCUAUGCCUGCCUAAGACCUGAAGAUUACCUGCUAUGUCUGGUACCCUGCUCCCGGUAUAAAACUAACUGGUGCUGCUGGAGCCCCUAAAGGCCUAGCUAAUUUUACAUGCUUUAAGAUAGAGUCUCCUAAAACCAGAGCUCUUUCAGGUUUCUUAUCAGGUGCUACACUGAAGACAGCAAACAUGUUAGACAUUAAAACCUUGUGCUCCUGUGUAGGAGCCUUGGCAUUAGCGUUUGUUUUGCAACUACGCCACCAAGUCAUCACCCAUUCGCCCUACUGUGAGAGCUCUAAUGGCGGACUUGGGGGAUUACUAACUCCAUCUAAUCCAUCCAGAUUUUCCCAUACAGAGACUACAAUGCUCUCACUAUUGCUAACCCUCUCUAGUGUCUGGAUACACACAUUUAAUGCUGCAGUCAGAGAGCUAACUAACAUACACUUAUCACAAGUAAAAUGACUGCUAAUGACAGAGGACAAAUUACUAAACAUCCUGCAGCUAAUGCACUGGACAAGCUGAAUGUUUGCCAUACCGGAUUAUGUACUUGUAUACUGAAAAUGGGCUGAAUAAUAAGAAGAUCCAAAGUGGGUUUCCUCCUCUUACUGUCUUUAAACUAAAAAUAAAAGCAUCCUCCAAAAAAUUAACUUCAACAGCCGAGUGAAAAAUAUAACAAACGAAAGUGGCAGCACAAAAUUAUUGAUGAGAAGAGGGAAAAUCAAUCUAAUUUAAAUGCCAAAAUGGCCAAAGAACUUAAUGCAAAUUAAAACCUUCUUCACUUGCAUCCACCUUCGCAUCUGUGAAUUCUGGACUAACUGAAGCUUGUUUAUACACAUAAUGGAACAUAUUGUAUAUAAUAUAUUAUAUAUAUUAUAUAUAAUAUGAGCUUUAAAUGCAAGACUAGAGCCAAUAAGCAAAGGUCAUUUAUUGUUCCACAUAAUGAAACAGAAAGGCCAUCCAGAGUUACAACCCGAAUUACGGAAAUGUUGAGACAUUUUUUAAAAUUUGAAUAAAAUGAAAACUAAAAGAAUUUCAAAUCACAUGAGCCAAUAUUUUAUUCACAAUAGAACAUAGAUAACAACAAAUGUUUAACCGUUAAAAUUUUACAAUUUUAUACACAAAAUGAGCUCAUUUCAAAUUUGAUGCCUGCUACAGGUCUCAAAAUAGUUGUGAUGGGGGCAUGUUUACAAUAGUGUAGCAUCUCCUCUUCUUCUCAAAACAGUUUGAAGACGUCUGGGCAUCGAGGUUAUGAGUUUCUGGAGUUUUGGUGUUGGAAUUUGGUCCCAUUCUUGCCUGAUAGGUUUCAAGCUGCUGAAGAGUUCAUGGUCGUCUUUGAUGUAUUUUUCGUUUAAUGAUGCACCAAGUGUUCUCUAUAGGUGAAAGAUCUGGACUGCAGGCAGGUCAAUUCAACACCCGACUAAGAAGCCAUGCUGUUGUAAUAGCUGCAAUAUGUAGUUUUGCAUUGUCCUGCUGAAAUACACAAGGCCUUCCCUGAAAUAGACGUCAUCUGGAGGGGAGCAUGUGUUGCUCAAAAACUUUUAUAUACCUUUCAGCAUUCAUAGUGCCUUCCAAAACAUGAAAGCUGCCCAUACCGUAUACACUUAUGCACCCCCAUACCAUCAGAGAUGCUGACUUUUGAACUCAACGCUGAUAACACACUGGAAGAUCUCCCUCCUCUUUAGCCUGAACAUAGAACACUUUUCACUUUGAAAUUUCAAAUGAGCCUUUGCCCACAGGACAUGCUGGCACUUUUGGACCAUGUUCACAUAUGGCUUCCUUUUUGCAUGAUAGAGCUUUAGUUGGCAUCUGCAGAUGGCACGGCAGAUUGUGUUUACCGACAGUGGUUUCUGGAAGUAUUCCUGGGCCCAUUUAGUAAUGUCAAUGACAGAAUCAUGCCGAUGAGUGAUGCAGUGUCGUCUGAGGGCCCGAAGACCACAGGAAUCCAACAAAGGUCCUCGGCCUUGUCCCUUAUGCACAGAGAUUUCUCCAGUUUCUCUGAAUCUUUUGAUUAUGUUAUGCACUGUAGAUGAUGGGAUUUGCAAAGCCUUUGCAAUUUGACAUUAAGGAACGUUGUUUUUAAAGUAUUCCACAAACUUUUUACGCACUCUUUCGCACUCUGCCCAUCUUUACUUCUGAGAGACUCUGCCUCUCUAAGAUAUCCAUUUUAUAGCUAAUCAUGUUAUAGACCUGAUGUCAAUUAACGUAUUUAGUUCUCCCAGCUGAAUCUUUUCAUAAUUUCUUGCUUUUUCAGCCCUUUGUUGCCCCCGUGACAACUUUUUUGAGACCUGUAGCCUGUUGCAAAAUUAAAUUCCUGUCUUGUAAGUGCAUAAACAAGUUCCAAUUAGUCCAUAAUACAGUAGCCAGAGUCCUAACCAGAAGAAGUGACCACAUGAGCUAUUUUAUUAACAAUGUAUUGGAUCCAAAUCAAAUAAAAUACUACUAUGAACCUGUGAGCACUGAAUAGUAACAUUCACCACAGUACUUGAGCAAAUGUCUGGUCUUUUAUGAUUCACCACAGCUACUUUAAAAUCAAAAGGUCCAGACUCUUUCUUGGUACCUUGACUAGCGAAGGCUACAGUUAUUGGCAGUACUUUCUCUUGUAAAGCACCACAAUUAUGAAACAGCCUUUGAAUUAUUGCUUGGGACUCAUUCAUAAUGUUUGGGCUGAAUGCAUAUUUGUUUAGCCAAGCUUUUUAUUAACAGUUGUUUUCCUGUUUUCUGUUGGCUCAAGGGCAUAGAGUGUUAAGAUGAAUUGGACUUUGUCCUUCACCUGUCUAAUAUGUUUGGGCUCCUCCAUGCUCUGAACCUGAACAAACCCACAAAACUUUGCUUACAACAGGUUACAAGGAAAUUGAAUGGGGUGAACUGUCCCCUAAAGCUCAAAGUUUGAAGACCAAGCUUCACCAGUGAGAAUGCUCAGUGCCUUUCUCUCAUCUUGGCUGUAUAGAAGUCAUCAAAAGUUGAAAGGAGAAGCACUUUUUACCUUACCAAUCAUUUGGUGUAAUUCAUUCAUUUGUUGAAAGUGUCUCUGCACAUUACCUUCAUUGUUUCUUAUGGAUGUGUGGGCCUAAGCCCAUUUGUCAGAAAACAAAAUAUUUUUGAACUACUGCAAUAUUGGUUAUCUUAAAAGAAAUCUACAUUAGUGUUAAAGCAGGUGCUUGGAGUUUUUUUUCCCCUGACACUAAUGUUAACACAAUACAAGCCAUAAACACUUUAUUUCUGAAAUUCCUGGACAGCACUUGUUUUACAUAUUUUUUUUACUUGUUUUCUGAGAUUUCUGAAGUAUUGCUCAUUGAUAUUGGUCUUUAUAAAUCAGCUAUGUGAUAACUCUUCAUACCUCUAGUCUUUCUUCCCUUACAAAAAUGUGAACACAGUACAAGCAAUUUUUUUAUUGUAAAGGUUUAUUUAAAACGAAUAAAAAUUGUUUCUAAUUU